UUCCCCGGGUCAUCCUCUCUUCCAGCUUCUCUGAUCCAGGAGGAAAGUCUCUGGGCCAGGAUUUGGAGACCCUAGCUAGCUACCUCUUCUGUACCUCAGACAUCAGGACCUGGGAUGAGAAGAGGAUUCCUCACCAUUGGAGCCCAUAGAUCUGUAACUUUUGUGUCUGGAAACUAGUUGAAAAUGACCUGUUCACUCUUGACUCUCUUUAGAAUGGUUUCUGUCUGACCGAGAUAUUUUUAUUGAAACUAAUUUUGUCAGUGUGGAGGCAGGGUAUCAACAGCGUGAGAAUCUUGGGUGUUCCAACAGCUCUGUGAGUGCUUGACAAACUUUUUCUCUUUACUCCUGUGGAUAUUGUUUUGGAGUCAAACUCGGAGGGUGUGACCAAGGUUCCAGGUCCGAGCCCUCAUUCUACACCACUGGGUCACCUAUCCUCAGCAGCCACAACAGGGAACUGGGAGACAGAAAGGUGGAUAUAGUGUGUUGGGCCAACUACACCGGUGGAGAGGACCUUUUUUUUUACCCCUUCUUACCUGUCCUGUACCUGGAUAGGACUUGGAAAACGAGAUGGGGGCUGCCUUCAAGAGGUUCUGUGCUCUGUUCUGUUGCUGCUGCUGCUGUAGCGAUGAUGAAAGUGAGGAGAAGGAGCCUUUAAUCAGUCCUGACACUUUGGAGUACUUCGACCGCGAGGCAAAGAAGCGAAGGGAACAGGAACAGAACCUAUGGAGUGAGCCAGGCGACCCGAGCCACUCCGAGAGAGACGAUGACCGGAUCCUGUACAACCUCAUCCAGAACAGGAACCAGACCCGCAGGGGCUCGCUGGCGCACCGGCGUCUGAGUGUGGACAUUGAGGGUAUGAGAGAUCUGCGUCGGGAGGUCAGGGACAAGUGGAAGAUGAUCCUGGAGAAUUUAGGGUUCAUGGCGGAGGCGGAGUCUCUGCUGACGGUGUCUGCCAGUGCGUCGUAUGACCGUAUGAAGAACGCCUCGGCGUCACGCACACUACUGCACACGCUCCACUCUGAGACAUCUAUCUUCAACACCCGGGAGGCCCCACCUGAGAGAUACCUCUUCAUCCUGGAUCGUCUCAUAUACCUGGAUGCUGCUGAGGACUUCUUGGCGAAGGCUAGACGCUUCUACCCCAAGCGUGAUACUGAUGAUGAAGAUGAGGACAACCCAUUAGCUGUCAACCUGCCGUUGCUACUGGCCAGAGUGAACCGCACCAUGAACGGAGAAGGAAGCGAUGAUGAGGACGAGAGGCUGGAUGAGGAAGAUGGAAACGGAAGAGAGGACAACUUCUAGACAGAACAGGAGCUGCAAUGACCUCAAACAGUAGACAGGGGGCAGAACUUAGUUUAUGUUGCAGAGUUGGGAGUAUGCAGUACUAGGAUGUCUGAUUCUGAAUGUACUUUGUUGAAAAUACUCUCCCAAUUUGCACUAACGCUAGGGGCUCUAUUCAAUCUGUGUUGCUGAAGUGUUACAAAUUGUGCAAUAGAAUUGUAAAGGUCAUUUUUGAUUGAACAGACAUAUGCAGUGUUUACUGUGAAAGCAGUCUAACACGGGAACAUUGCCUUUACAUUUCAAUCACUCUGUAACGCUGCACUUCCGCGAUUCAAAUUGAGUCGAGCCCGAGGUUUAACAAAAAUAUACAGCUUUCCUUUCUCAUCAGAAACGUGAUCCAAUUUGAUUCUGGUUUUCUUAUUUUUCUGUUUAGGCAUACUUAGCUGGGUCUCGGGUAUAUCAGGGAGAGUUUUGGAGGUCAUCACCCUGCCAUUUUUUUUUUAAUCCAUCCAGACCGUGUUAGUUACCCAACUCCCUGGGCUGUUCAUUAUUGGUCUCCGCCAGGGAACACAGUGGACACAGUUAAACACUGCACUGAAACCCGUAGGGCACAGCUGUCCUGUUCCACAUCAGCACUUUGUCUCAUGAUUAUCAGCACUUGUUUUAAUCGAGUCACAAGACAGUCUUUUAAAACCAGUAGUUGAGAUUACCUUGGAAUAAAUGUGUCGUAAACAAAUUCAAUCAUUUUUGAGUUGUCAAUUUCCUCACGGACCAUGCUUAUCAAGAGGUACUAGUGUGUUUUAGUUCGUGAAGUUUACAGAGAUGAGUUUAGUAACAAAAUGACUCAACUUUGAGUCGGUGUGUGGGUCUGUAUGAACAACGGAGGUCACUUUAAGUACAUGUCAAGAUUGUGAGAGCGUUUGGGAUGUUUCCGUGAGUUGAAGGGGAUGCAGCAUGUGUCUUAUGUUCUAUUGUAAAGUUGAUAUGGAAAAUAAAGUGGCAACCUGA